AUGGCCGCCGCCGGCGGGGAUGCGCUCCGCGCUCUGCUCCGCGCCGCCAACGCCCUCCUGCAGCAGCGCCGCUACCACGCCGCGCUCGCCGUCCUCAAGGGCUUUCGCAACGGGGCCGUUUAUGGGGCAAAAAUUCGUGCCCCGCAUGCCCUGGUGAUGACUUUCCUGUUCAAGAGUGGAAGUUUAAGAGAGAAAUUGAAAUCGAUUGCUCAGGCUACGUACACUCAUUCCCGGAACUUGGCCUAUUUUGUGUUCACCUACAAGGGGCUGAUGGCAUUGCAGUCCCGACUACAGGGGAAAAAAAUUCCAUUUCAUUCUUUCUUUGCAGCCUGCAUUGGAGGUUGGCUAGUGUUUGGUGAGAACAAUCCCAUCAACAGCCAGAUCAUUAUGUACCUGCUGUCUCGCAUCCUGUUCGGCUUGUCUCGGCUGGCGGUGGAAAAGGGCUAUGUCCCGCAGCCAAAGCAGGAUCCUUUUCCCCUUGUCGCUGCUCUGAUAUGGGGGACAGUUCUCUGGCUCUUUGAAUACCACCGGCAAACUCUGCAGCCUUCUCUGCAGUCCUCCAUGACCUACCUGUAUGAUGACAGUAAUGUAUGGCAUGACAUUUCUGACUUUCUCAUUUAUAACAAAAGGACAGACAGCAAGUAGGUGGUUCAUUGUAAAACACAUUUGAAUGGGAUGGUACCUUCCAGCAGCUAAAGGAAAAGGUUAUUCUGUUGCUCUUGACUGGCGAUUUUUUUUAAAUUAACAUCUAUCAGGCACAGUUGCUUUCUGUGUCCUGACCAAAAUGUUCUGAUCAGUCUUCUCUUGGCUCUGUUUAGAGCAAGUAAAUACCCCACAGAAUCUUGUUGCAGUCCUCAGUGAGAGUAAAAUGCCUUGGGAAUCUUGAGUUAAAAUAAGUCUUUUUUUAAAAGAGGCCUUAUUUUGCCUACAGGUAUGUGUUUUUAUUUUUUAAAGAGCCAAAUAUACUUAUAAAAUGACAGCCUGACAGUAAGUGGAGAGUAUGUCUAAUCAUGAAAAAAUGUUCUAGGGAUUGUCUGAAUGCUCGCAAGACAGACGUGUUUUUCUGUGCUGCUGUGCUUACCGUAGUGUGAUGGGAGUGGGGGACCUGCUCAGGUCUGAAAGCAGGGACAUAAUUUCUUGAUUUAUGCGGAUGACUGGAAAUCUUCUUUAAACUAUUACAUGGACAGUUGUGUGCUCCUUAAGAGUGUUUCUCUGCAGUUUUUCCCUCAGGGAGACAAUAAGAUGUUUGAGAAUAAAACUGUUAAGAUUGUCUGGUGGAAGGCUGGUAAAUCAGGUUUGGAAGGAUGAUUUGUGCUCAGUUUCUUUCAUGCACUUGGGCUGAACCGGUCCCUCUGCAGAGUGCACUAAUUAAUACCCUGUAAUUAUUUUAAACUUAUUUGUAAAGUUUUUAAAACCUUUGAACUAAAUAUCAAAAACCGUUACGCAACUCGGACUCCCUUGAAAACAUGCUGGGGUGCAUUGCACGCCCUCAGAUACCACACUGGGUACUUUAUAUGUAGAAGCUAGCAACACUUUCAACAAGCACUUUUAUUUUGGUGGAAGAUAAGCACAUGGGUUUCUCUUAGGUCCAGAAUCUAUCCUCUGCAGCAGUGACAUGUGUUAGCUGUAAUCAAACUUGAAUAUACCUGUGGUUUGUGCAGGCAUGUUGCUGAGCCAGGUUGAGGCCACGGAUGGAUAUACAAGUGAAUCUUCCUUUUAAAAAUACACUGCUGAGGCCUAGGAACAGUGCAACGCACACUGGGCUUUAACAGAAGGUUGACUAGAUAGCUGAGAAAGAACAAAAACUGUUUUAAAACUAAUAAAAUCAAACUGUUAAUAGUGCAAAGCACUUACACUGCCAUGUAACACUAUACCAUUCACUUAAUGAUACACAUUAAAAUAAUUCCUGACACACUGGUUUUAUGUGGUGAUAUUUGAAAGAGAGUCAUUAAGUUCCCUGUGCUAACCGUUCCCUUUUCGCUCAGUUGGGACUAUUUUGUUUGCUCUCCCUCUACCCAUCUGCUUUUCCAUCCUGACGCGACCUUGUUGUUUCAUAAUACUACUGAUGCUGUUGUUCAUCAUCUUUUGCAGUCUUUUUACACUCCAGGCCCUAGCAAUUUGUCCGAGUCGAUGAUAUGGCAAAAGCAGUACAUUUAAGUUCAGGUAGCUUCUGAGAAGAAAAAAAUUCUCAAUUUCUUCUUAAGUAAUUUUUCCUUGUCCUCCCUAGGCUCUUUUGUUACUACUACACAUCUUCUGAAUGCUGCUUUGCUCUUUAUUUUUCCACUCUGUGUCAGCAAGACGGAGAGUGAAAUGUUCCCCUCCCCAUAUUCUGCCUGCUGCUGCGAUGUUUGGGAUUGAAUCCCGUCCUGAAUGGCUUAGGUGGAGUAGGAAUGGAGUCUUCUGGCUCUUGAACUGAAUCUAACGCUGAGUCUACAUUCACUGUGAGAUGUUACAGCGUAGAGGCAGAAGCUGCUUUGUACUCAUCCCAUGCCCAAAAGACAAGAUACUGCUUUGCCAUAAUAACUGUCUAUGGUACCUUCAACUUUUAACUUCACCUGUUUGGUAUUAUGGUCCGUACUGGAUGCUUGAAUUUGAACACUGAUCAGUAUUUAAUCAGAUAGACCCCGGGAAAGUUAUAGAAGUUAGGAAUUGAUUUUGUUUCUUUGUAGUUCAAUAUUUUGUUUGGUGUGAAUAAGCUUAGAGAUUCAAGUACAGAAAAAAAUACUGAAGCUACAGGUGAGGUCUGAUUUCUUUAUAAACAUCAUCUCUUUAUUUACACCACUGCCGGAUAUCUGAAGCGGCACAACUGUCUCGCUCUAUUUUUAUGUCGGAAGCCUCAAUAUUGUUCCAAAUAAGAAUGUUAGUAUUCUGCUAGUAUUGCUGAAUUCCUACAAGCUUUGAUGGGAUUUCAGAAAACGCUUCCACAAUCUGACAGCUAUGGCUUGAGAAUGUCUCCCUAAAACCAUUAGACUCACAAAUCCUUGACCUUGUAUAAUUAUCGCAGCAAAAGAUGGUGCAGGCUUGUUAUGUGAGCUGUGUCUGUAAGAAGUUUUUAACCUUUUUAAUUUAUAGCUGGCUUUCCUUUCUCUGAGAAAGGCUUGUGAUUUCCUUAGAGGUGAAAUAAUUUUCUUCUGCUAGUAGUUCAACCACUGCAACCAUGUGGGUGUUUGUGAAGCACUUCUCUGGCCCUGUGAAGUGCAAGCGAGCUGUCCUGUCCUUUUUAUGCUACUGUAGUAUCUCUGUCCUCUAGAUGGCAAAAACAAGCCAAUAGCAAGUUUCUAGUAUCAACCUGGCAGCAGUGGCCAUCGGUCGUCCUUGGUUCAAAAUGCCCUUUUUCUCUUGGGAAUCUAUCACCAACCUCGCUUUCAAAGCAAAUUGUGCCCGAGCCUCCAACCAUCUGUACUGCAGAUCCAGGAACCAGCUGCCGUCCCUGGAAGAUGAACUGCAGCUUAUCCCAGGAGCGGGUCCCGUACAGCAGCAGCCAUUAGCUGGGCGUUUGCGGACGGUUGGUUUUCCUGCUGCGCGGGGGCAGGACGUUAAGCUGCAAGUCACUUCUUUCCUCAUGGAAGUAAUUGGAACAGUUCUUUAACGGCAUUAGUCCGCAUUGCUGUUUCUGUGACCAGAUAACUGGGGAUGAACCCCUUAUGCUGCUGAGGUGUUGGAACAAUGCAGGCGUGUAGUAAGGAAGUGAACUAGAAGUAAUUUGUCUGAGUCAGACUUUUCGGAUAAGUAAGUUACACUCCCUGCCCUCCCCCAGUGCAUUGUGUGGGGAAUUGAGUCUCCUGUUUGUGUUCCUUUUUUAUUAGCAUUAAAACCAAAAGAAAUAAAGAGGCAGUUGGGAAGCCACCUGCGAAUCAGCCAAAUGCUUAAGAAUCACAAAGAAGUGCCAUUUUCUCCCCCCCAGCCCUGAUCAGUUUAGAAUUUUAAGAUGAACGUGGUUUUGUUUGUCUACAUCAACUUUAUUUUACCUUGUUAUUUCUUCCUUAGCACCUGACUGUGACAUGCUGAAUGCCUCUAAAGAGGAGCAGAGUGUCUCAAUGCUUAGCUCAGUUCAUCAAAAAUUAGGAUUUCUGGAUAAAAUUGAAGUGUUAUUUAUUAUUUUUAAAUUAUGCUGCUCCUUUCAGAUUUUAAGCCUCUUUUACAGGCAGUUUUAAAGGUUAAUGAUUCAAACUGAUCAAAAGUUUUCAGCAAGCGUUGAAUAGCAGACUGCCUAUACUGAGCUAUUAAUCAUUUAUUUUUAUGAAAGAACAAAGCAAGCUCAGGGUUAUUUACUGUCGCUGCAUGCUGCCCUAGCAUACCCACUGUGCUUCACUUCUCUUUGGAGGACAGCUCGUGUGCUAGCGCUGGCUGUCAGGAUUGCUGAAGAACCGUUUCUGGGACAAUUACAUUGCUUAACAAAGGUGAAAAUUAAAUGGGCGCAUGACAUUUGGUUUUGGUGAGGUUUUCUGUACUGUGCUUGAUCCUUUCAGUUAAGGGUAGGAUAUUUCUGAAAGGAAAACUUGUGCUUGUCCAGUUAGUGCCACAGAGAAGUGCUUACGGCUGCUGGAAGGUGUGAACCCGUGUUCGCAGCCUGAUGGCAUGCUUUGUCCCGGUUACCCUCUGUGUGUCUGGGCAAUAACCACCCCUGCUCCGGACAGUUGGGUCAGGAGGCAGAGGCUGCAGAAGAGCUUUGAUAUUGGUGCUGUGAGACUUUCUUGCCCUGGUAGAGUAGUUCAAGCUCUGCUUUAAACCAAGCUGAGUGGGGAACGGAAGUACGGGGAUGAUCUCUGGCUGCUGAAGUAGACCAAAAAACCAGGUGUCCAUGGGGAACCCCCGUGACUGCAGAGGGUUCCCUGUGCACGCGAAGCUCCGCAGCCAGCUGGGAGCCGUCGUGGACGGCUGGUGCUAGUGGAGUAACCAGAAAACCCCAUGCAGAUAGCCUCACACAGAAGAAACUGCUGUGACUCAAGCUCAUUUUUACUGCAUCAGCACAAAUACGACCUUUGGUUAAUACCCCGAGCCACAUGCUGUUUCCCAUUUGUCAGGUUGUGUUUGCCUUCUGGGAUCGUGCCAACCUGAGCAGAAUGUGUUCGGUUUUCUGAUGCUGGUUUUGAAAUCCAGCAGAUAAGGGAGGAGAGAAAAUAAGGCGUAAUGCUGUCCAGCGUAAUGUCUGUCUGCCUCUGUUAAUAUUUUAGGGGUGCUAAUCUUGAAUUUUCAACCUGUGUGUUCAUACCAGAUUGUUGGAGGAGGUGACUUUUUUUCUUCACUUAGAAUUUUCAUCUGUCUCGUGUCCUUAUGAGACUGGUGAUGAGGAAGGGGAAAACAAAUUAAAU